CCUCUGGGCCUCUGGAGGUUGUGGCACCACAGCCUGCACAGCCCCUCAAAUCCCCAACAAGAACAAGAACACAACAGGGUAGUGGGAGUGAUGGCUUCAAGACACACUGCCACUGUACAGGGCAGCUGUUACUCUUGUACAUCAUGUGCUGCUUACAAGACUGUGCCUAAAAAUCUGAGAGGAAAAAGUAAAAGCUCACAGGACUGGUUGACGAGACAGCUAAAUGACCCUUAUGUGAAGUUGACCAAGUAACAUCAGUGCAGGCAUUGUCCAUGAUGCUUCCUGUGUUGUGGUUCCAUCAUGGCAGGCAUGGAAGUGCCUCUCACUGCAUCACCGCCUCAUGAUCAUUGAGAGCAUGGACACAGACACUGAGGCCCUAGUGGGUACGUGGACCUCCUCAAUGGACAGAUGGACAGAGGCUGGUGUGCUGGCUACAUGUAUCAGGAGCAAAUCUCAACCUUCUUCUCCAUUGUGGCAACAGGGAUGACAUAUGAGAUGGCCAUGACCAGCAUGCCCCUUCAGGUGCUGCGUCUGCACCUGCCACACAGUCCAUCCUCUGAGGCCGUUGUCCUGCUCAUCUUCCCAAAGCCUCAGCGUUAUGACACCUAUGUGGAUGGUGUCUUUGUUCCCCCAGCCAACCUCAACACCUCUGCAGCCGGCUACAAGCUGUUGCCUGAGAACCCCACCCAUCCUCAGGCUUUCCUUCCCAUGUUGGACAAUGCUGAAGUGGCCAGCGCUCACACUACAAGCCUGAAUGGCGAGGAGGAGGAGGGAGCAAUUGGUAGGGAGGUGAUUCCCUACAAGAAGCUGGUGCAGAGUCUGGAGAAGGCCGUCAAUAGAUUCCAGGAUGGAUCAUGCAGCAACUGUGCCUCUCUCUCUUGGUGAGUGACCCCAUCGAGCCACCACCCAAGGAAGCCCCUCCAAAGGCCACAGAGGAGGAAGGCAGUGUUGUCAUUCUGGAUGCCAAGCUGUUCUACAAGCAGCAAGAGAAGGAGGUGGCAGAGAAGAUCAAGGAAAG